GUGAACGUCACUGUACUGUAAAGUUCCCUUCGCACCACGCGACUAGCUCAGGCAGACCCCUCUCUUUGCACGCAGUCCUCGCUAGGGUUUACUCAGCUGUUGUUGAGCUCUGAUCCUUGUUAUUGAGCUCUGGUCGAAUACUGUAUUUCUCUUCUCUAUCUCACUCGAAGACGGAGGAGGAAGCAAAGAGCUCUUAUUAAGGUUCAUGUGAGUAAGAAAAUGAAAGGAGAGGGAAGGAACUAAAUUUGAUGAGUUGCUUCCCAAAAAGGAGACUUGUAAUCUUCACACCAAUGGAGUUACAUUUUUUUACCUAUUUUCAGAAAAUUUUAAAUCAUUUUUAUUCGUUGAUUCAUGGCGAUUUUAGGGUUUCAGAGGAACUUCUAGCUUAUUUUCUGAGAAAAUUACGGAGUUUUUUUAUUGCUUUUUCAUGAAAUUGUUCAGUAUUUCAUGGUUGCGUGGUAUCCAUAUUUAGGGCCCGUGAUAUUUUUCAAUUUAAAUCUUUGUUUUACUUCUAGUCACUAAUGGUUUUCUUACGUAUUGAAAGAACUGUAUGAAUUAAUUUCAUAGUAAGAUGUAUCAGAGUUUGUAUAGCCGCAACUUUGUUCUUGGUGAGACCCUAACCCAAAAUUUCAUUGUGAGACCCUAACCCAAAAUUUCCAGGGAUGCCCAACUUUUUCCCCAAAAUCUUUUUGGCUCGCAUACUAACUCUAAAUUUGCAGAAAAAAGCAAUUUGCCCCCAAAAUCCUUUGAGCAAAAACCUAACCCUAAAUUUGCAGAGCAACCCGUUUCUUCACUGGCCAAGAGCUGUACAUUCCUCUGCUGAUUCCAUUCCAGAGAAGACUCCAUCAACCUUUGCUCAUUCUGGUCCCCGAAUCUCUCGGUUAGCUCGAAAUGAAGCUGAAAAUGCUCUCUUGGACUAUCUCCACUUCACGAGAUGCUUAAGUUUCACUGACGCAGAGCACAUAAGCAAGAAUUCACCCACUUUUAUUCGCUACCUCCUGUCAAAAGUUGAGAACAAGAAAGAGAUUGGUCACUCAAUAACGAGGUUUUUACGAUACCAUCCCAUUAAUGAAUUCGAGCCAUUAUUUGAAAGCUUGGGGCUAAAACCUUCUGAAUUUGCCUCUCUACUCCCUCGUGGCCUUAUGUUCUUAAGUGAUGAUCAAUUAUUGUUAGACAAUCUCCAUGUUCUGUGUAAAUAUGGUUUUUUGCAUAGUGAGAUAGGGAAUAUGUGCAAGGAAGAGAGAGAAAUUUUCAGACAUGAAGACGGUCUCUUGCUUUCGAAGCUCAAAGCUUACAAGGAGCUGGGUUUCAGUCAACCUACUGUUGUAAAGAUUGUGGCUUCUUGUCCUUCUCUUCUUGUUGGGAAUGUUAAUGAGGAUUUUCCUAGGUUAAUUGUAGAAAUUGAAGGUUUGGGUAUUGAAAAAGAUUGGAUAGUGGGGUGUUUAUCCCCAAAGAACAAGUAUAAUUGGAAAAGAACGCGGAGAUUAUUGUCUUUUUUGGAAAGGAUGGGUUUCAAGAAGGGGGAAUUAGCUGAAGUUAUUCAGAAGCACCCAAAUUUCUUCUUCGAAGGAUCAGGAGAGAAUAUGUAUGUUCUGAUUGCUCUAUUGAUGAAAUUGGGUUUUCACAUAAAUGACAUCACGAACUUGAUUUGGAAUUUCCGGAGAGAUUCGAGCCCAAAUCUAGCGAAGAAUUUUUGGCAUGGCAUACAUUUCCUAUAUGGAGCUAGGUUAAAAGUCGGGGAUAUAGUGAGGCUCGUGCACUCAUACCCUCGUGUCUUGAGUUCAUGUACUCUAAAAAGACCCAAAUUAGUGAAGCAACAGUUGAAUGUGGGGUUCAAACGUUUAGGAUUGAUGAUUUUAGAGGACCCAAAUCGAUUAAGAGAUUGGGGAUUGGGGAUGAAGCUCCACCCAGUUUCUGGUCCCACAGAGGAUGAGCUGUCAUUACUCAAGAAGACGCAAUUCUUGUUAAAAUUAGGAUUUGUUGAGAACUCAAAGGAGAUGCUCCAUGCUUUGAAGCAGUUUAGAGGCAAAGGGGAUGAAUUACAAGGGAGGUUUGAUUGUUUGGUAGGAGCAGGAUUUGAACGUAAUGAAGUCUCUCACAUGAUAAAGCUUGCUCCUCCAGUAUUGCAACAAAGACAAGAAAAGCUCCUGAUAAAGAUAGAUCUCCUUGUAAAUAGAUUUGGGUAUCCUCUGAAAUGUUUGGUGCCUUACCCCUGGUUACUUUGUUAUGAUGUGGGAAGGAUCAAGCUUAGGUUUUCAAUGUGUGAAUGGCUCAAGGAGAAAGGGGUGACCAGCCACACAUUGGCUAUGGGUCCUAUUAUUUCCUAUUCAGAGAAGAAGUUUAUCAAGAAGUGUGUUAGUCUCCACCCUGAAGGUCUGGAGGUUUGGGAGGGAUUAAGCAAAUAUAUGGUUUUGGGAUGAGGUUUUAUCUUUCAUUUUGAUUAGUUGUCUCGAUUUGCAGAGAUAUAUGCAAACUUUCAAUGAUUUAUCUUGUAAUCCUCACUUUGGAUCCUGUGUUUUUCUCUCUGCAUCGUUUAUCAAAAGGAUUCAUCAUACUGCUCAUGAUCUUGGCCAAAAGGCUAUAUAUUUUCAUGAUUAUACAAAUAGCCAAAGGAAAAAAAGGAUUGAGUACACCUUUUUUCUGUUAUGUGUAACUGAGUCUCUGUCUUGGUUCAAACUCGAAAGGGAUUCUUUCCUUAUUUUUAAGGCGAGGCCCCUUCAGCAUAUUUUGCAGAACGAGGUCACACUUGCGAGGCUCUGAUUUUCUGAAAAUUUUCUUACAAAGAUGUUUGUAAAAGAACUAGUUUAUUUUUAUAUGUUUGGAGAAGAAUUGAUGAUGUGAUGAGUGAUUAGGGCCUUACAAAAUCUUACCAGACAUUUGAAGGUCUGGAGGUUGGGGCGGCAUUAAAGAAAUAAAUGUUCUCGGGAUGAGGUCUUAUCUUUCUAUUUGAUUCAAUUGUGUGGAUUUACUGAGCUAGGUGCAAGCUUUCAAUGCUUUAUCUUGUAUUCCUUACUUUAUCCUUUAUGUUGUCUCUCUACAAUCUCUGAUUGAAAGGCUUCGUCAUGCAACACUUGAUCUUAGCCAGAGGGCCAAUAAAGGAAUGCACGUUUGUCCUUACUCAAGUAGCUAUUCCUUCUUAAGGAUGCAACUUGGAGCAUUAUUGUGGUAUCAAAAUUGAUAUUGUUAGAAGGCGCUGCUUUCUCUUCCAGCAUUUUAGCAGUGGAAUUAAGAACUUGGGGGUAAGAACCAAGUUGCUUUGAACCCAUGUUUGUUCACAGGAUUGCCUUGUGAAUACCAACAGGAACUGGAAAUCUUGCCAACCAGGUAAAUGUCUUGGCAUCCCAGGCUUAACAGAGUUGGGGUUAUGAAUUUAAAUCCAUUUUAGGGUAUUAUUAUGUUUCUUUUGUUGUGGUUUUUACUAUUUUUAUGGAUUGACUUGGGUUGUUAUUUGGUUUAAGCAAUGAAUAUGGUUUAGCUAUUUUGAUUGGCUUGGAGUUAUUUGGAUGAUUGUUUAGUGGAAUUGGCUCCUCUUUGGGUGUUGCCUUUCUUUAGAUUUUUGAUUUGUAGAUGAAAUCUUAGUUAUUCUUUUCCUUAUUUCCUUCUUGAAUUCACUGGAGCCAUUUGGUCUUGCUUUUCAUGGCAGAAUUGAUGUGUAGUUCACAUAAAAGUGAUUGGUUAAAUUCAUCUCUAAAACAGCUUCCAUUUGACUCUUUCAAGUCAUUUUCUUCAUUGGAUAUAUGGAAGUUCUAUUGGGUACUUUUUUUCUUCUUUAUCUUUUAAUGUUGUUACUUUUCUUAUUAAAUAUUGUUAAUUAUUAGUAUGAUGAAAGUUUCAACUGCUACUUCAAGGAUAAAUAAUCAGGGAGCCACUGAGAGCUGAAUAGGCCUCCAUGACCUUUUUGUCUUCUCAAUGGGAAAACAUCCCCUGAACUUCAUCUCCUAAAAAGCAUCAGCAAAGUUCACAAUCUUGUUGUUGUCAAUCAGAAUAAAAACCAUUUUCAGUACAUCAUAUGGCUUGAUUGCUCUCUCCUUGUAUACAAGGUCCUCUUUACCCUUGUGUUUUUGCUAUCAAGUUCUUCUUUUCUUGCGAUGGUAUGCGAAUGUGCAAUCAUAGUAGCGUGUGUUGUAGAUCAUUGUGGAAGACGACUUGCUUAAUGAGGUGUGGUCUAACAAUUACUUCCAAAGAGAAGCUAAAGCCCCAGGGUAGUCUCAAUAUGGAAGUAUGAAGAUUUUUUAUCUGUUUAUUGCAAAAUGCCAUUGAGUAGCAGCUUUUUAUUGAAUUUCACUAGGCAUGCCUGCUGUUCCAGCAACUCCUUGUAAUUUCCGUCUGAAUGAGUUGUGUUUUUCUUUUUAAUAUAAAUUAAGCUUGUGAUUUCCACUUUUAACUAGGAACUGAUCAUAUCUGGUUUGUAGGAUGCAUUAUGAUAUAUCUCAUGAUGAGAGGCACUUAGUUACAUAGACCUUGCAUUCUUUAUAUAUUUCUACAUAAGGCUUUUGUUCAAAAAUGCGUAGAUUUCAAAGGUUGAGCUCUGUGCUGUUGGUUAUAUUUGUAUCUGAACUUGUUACCCUCGCAGUACCUUUACUGAGUGGAAGAAUAUAAUGCAAGAUCGUUGGAUCAAAUGCCGAAAAGGAAUUGGUUACUAUCCAUUUGUAUGAAGGGAAAUCGGG